CUUAUCAUGAAUAUGUAUCUUGCUUGAAUCAUGCUUGAACGGUCAUGCUUGUGCAGUCCUGCAGAAAUCGAAAUUGUACAGUGAACAUUUUCUAUCCUGAUCGAAACAAGUUCUGCAAGGUCACACCAUGACUUCUAUGACGUCACUGGACAUGGGUCUCACCGUUGCUUUCUCUGUGGUGGUUAUAGUGAAUCUCGUGGGAAACACCGUAGUAUGCCUGGUUGUGUUCCGAUACCAUGGAAUGAGAGCACCGGUCAAUUACCUUCUUGUGAACCUAGCGGCCUCAGAUAUCAUGGUGGCGCUUUUUAUCAUUCCAGUUUAUGUCAUCAAGUGGGCGUUUCACCACCCGUCAGGUACUGCAGGGGAUUUCAUGUGCAAGUUUAUAACUGGAGGGAAUUUCAUCUGGAUUGGUGGGGCUGCAUCAGCAUUCUCAUUGGUAGUUGUUGCUAUUGAGCGUUAUUUCGCUGUUGUUUACCCCUUUGGCGAUCGUUGGCGACUUACAAAUCGUCGAUUAAUCUCGAUCAUAAUCAUUGGCUGGCUUUACGCCAUAAUCUUCAACCUGCCCUUGUUUUUUGUUGUUCGAUAUGAUAAACGCGGUGUAACCCAUUGCCCGGAACACUGGGCGAAUGAACAUCUGGCUAAAGCUUACACCAUUGCUUGUUUUUUUGUUUUCGGUGCUAUUCCCGUGGGAGCCAUGGCAGUUUUAUAUUUAAAGGUGCUCUGCAAUCUCUGGAAUAGAGGAAAUCCCAAUAACUUAGGGGUCACUGAGCAAGCGCGAAUCAGAUCAAGGCUGAAAGUGACAAAAAUGGUUUUCGUGGUGAGUUUAAUGUACACAGUAUGCUGGUUACCUAACCUGGUGUUAUAUAUGUUGUCUAAGUAUGAGCCAGAAGUGUAUGCAUAUGGCUCAGUUCCUUAUAUCAUAUCAGUAGUACUCGUUGGCGUCAAUUCAGCCAUAAAUCCCUUCAUUUACGCUCUUCAUAGUAAUAACUUUCGCCAACACAUUAGAGGAACCUUUUGUUGCAGAACAUUUCGGUCAGAAAAUUUCGUUGAUUCUAAACUCGCUGCUUCCCUGUAACGCCCCCGUUCCUGGUAAUAAUUAUUGUAACUUCUACGAAUCUGUAUUAGAAAUUACAUUACACAAUCUGUAAUUAUACAAAUUGUCACCCGAAAUCUUUGUAAAUAAGUAAAAACUUUGUUCAAACACGGUGUUUCCAAAGGUUAAAAAACCCAAUUACACUGACUAAUAAAAAGCUAAGUGUAAGUAAUUAAAUGAAAGAACCUGCUUUACAGGUUGCCAUGUAUAUGUAAGAUAGUGCUAGAUGAUCUCGCUUUAGAGAGUGUGGUUUUUUAUUCAAUUUUGAAAUCAUUAGGAGGGUUUGAUUGUUUUAUCUCUUUCGGCAGGCUAUUCCAUCACACAGCCCCGCUAUAGCUUAAACUUUGUUUACAAUUAUUAGAGAGAGGUUGUGAAAUGGAUAGCUUGCAUUCAGCAUUUUCGACUGAGAUUGUACGUCAAGGCUACGCUGCACGGACAAAAUCGAGAACUCAGAUAUAAUUUGGAGUUUGGUUGUUUACGAUGUUGUACCUCAAUUGCUUUACUUACGGCUCGUUGAUGAUGAUGUGUUAACGAUAUGUUUUAGUGGAUAAGGGCUAUAGAAGCAAUAUUUUGACUGUCUCAAAAUUACCACUUUCUUGUUUUACCUAAAUGGUUGUUCAGGCAUUACAAGUGCGUUUGUCACAAGCAGAGGCGUUACUCAGCGCUGUCCUACUUAGCUAAUAAAAAAUUUAAUUAUUGCAA